CCUACUCCAAUCUCCAUCUUGACCAACUUUUCUGAUGGCUGAGCUGGUAAUCGGUGGUCGAAAACGUGGAAGUGAGGGUAGAGACGACAUCCAUCCUCGCAACGUCGGCUUCGACGUGACUUUCCCGGAGAGGAAUGGGGGUAGGGGGCAUUCAGGGGGAGCUGCUGGUGUUACGACGUUUAAGCAGCGAGGAGAAAUGAUCAAAAAAACCGCAUCCGACAUCCUCCACCGCUUCACAUCCUCCUCCCCAACUACACCCCUUUCCGCCGAUGAACAAAGUCAUAUGAAGACAAGGUUGGAGGGUUUUGUGCCUGUACUAGAGGAGUUUCUGAGUUUGCAGGGCAAGUUGAAGGAGUGGGGGUUCGCGGAUGAGAUGGAUGGACUCGGGACCGAAUUGUGGAACUUGAGUACGAAGAUUGCGAGGAACGAGAACGUUGACAAAAAGGUCGCUUGUCUAUUACGCGUCGUCGCCUACCUCUUCAUCGAAUCCGGCCGGCGCGAAAGUACCGGAAAAGAUACAGAAGGCGCUUUCCGCAUCCUCAAAAUCGCGAAUAAAGCUGCGAGGGCUUGUUUGGACUCAAACGCCCUCUCCCUCGCCACCAAGAUCCUCGAACGUGGAGCCGCAUUCCAACGAGAUCUCUCUCUCGCUCCCAAAGGCGGAAGCUUGGAGGCGGAGCAUGCGAGGUCUUCCUCCGAAUUCUUCGUGCUACGGGCUCGAUUGGCGAUAAGACAAGGAAACGCCGGGGUGGGUGAGUACAUGUACUCCAAAUCCACCACGCCCGAACUCCUCCCCCACCUCCCCACCCACACCCUCGAAUCCAUCGCUUCCACAACCUUUACCAUUGGCACCGAUCUCAUCCGUAACGCCUCAAACCAAGCAGACAAAAACGAGGGAAUUAAGUGGUUGAGAAGAAGUUAUGAUUUGUUGAUGAGGGAGGAGGAGAGGUUGAGUGAGGAGGGGCAGGAGUUGAAGGGUGGGGUUAUGCAUAAUCUUGCGAAAGCCUAUUUAAGGAGGGGGGAUGGGGGGGAUGGAGAGAGGGCUAGGAUGGUUGUUGGGCAGAUUGCCGAGGCUUUUCCGACGAGCCAGUGGACGUUCUUACUCAAAUUGGAGUUGGUGCAGAAGGAGGGUGGGGAUGCGAAGGCUUAUCAUGACGAACUUGUAUCUAUGAUCGACCUAAUACCACUAACAGCGCAUUCCUUCCCCUCCAUCAUCUCAAAGGUUCACAAUCUCGUCUCACGCUCCCCAAUCCUCGCCAUCGCAGCUCUCGACACCCUUCUUAAGCGUUUACUGUUGACAGACAACGCCGAAUGGAUCGAACAAACACUCAUCACCAGACUCUGGGUAACCGCCAAGGAUUCAAAAGAGUGUGACCAGGAGUGCGUUCGAGGCGUACUCGAAGUCUUGGAUUGUGUCGAGAGGGGGUGUGGGAAAGCGAUGAGUGGGAAAGCGAUGCACGCUGGGCAAAUCUUAUUGUGGAAAGUCAGCGAGGUUCUCUUUGCGAAGGGUGAUUAUGGGGCAACGAUUAAGUGGUGUGAGGCGGCGAGGCACCCGGUGUUUAGGGGAGCUGGAGAGUCAAAUGAGGCCAAGAUUGCAAGACGUAUCAUCCUUUCCUACCUCGAGCUUCGUCAGUAUGGUCCAGCACGCGAGAUAUUCUCACAGCUCUCGCCAGCAAUCCAGUCGGAGGCUAUGUCACAGUUUCUCCUUUUACGGCUCGCACUUGGUUCGCAGGAUGAGUCUCUUGCUUUACAGACUCUCACGAACCUCUACACCGCUCCCGGCUUCACACCACAGAUGCUAUACACCUGCGCCCUCGACUCACAAGAGAUGGGGCAGCAGAAGGUCGCACUCAAAGCGCUGAGGCUAGUGUUGGAGAAAGUCAGGAGUGGGUUGGGUGAUGUUGGUGCUGUGAGGACCAGUGCGUUGUUGAGGUGUGUCAUCAGGUUAACGGAGGGUGAGUUGGACAAGUUGACGACAGUGGGGAUGAAUGAUGUGGGGCAACUUUGUGAGCAUUUCGAAACAGCGGCGGUGUAUGCGAAACAGGCGAGGCAGAAGCCUGAUGGUCAGAGGAGUCAGCAGUUUGAUUUGAAGGAACUUGAUUGGUUUUCGAAGAAUGCGUUUAAUUUUGCGGUGAAGGGGUGUACCGCAUGGCCUUCGGAGUCUGUGGUUCGGUUGGCGGAGGUGUGCAUGAAGUUUCUGAAUUUGUACCCCGCCGAUAUGGAUACCGAAGCGCGUAAGGAGAUGCUCGGACGACAGUUCUUGUGUCUGUACACCUGUGUUUGUGCACUCACAUUCCUCGGUCGGAAAGAGGACAACAUCGACAUUCAGAAAUCGCAUUUCGCAGCUGCACGUACUCAUGCCAAAGCCCUCCGACAACUUCGCGGGUCGAUGCAGAAGGAGGAAAUGUUAGAGCAAGGAGUUUCGGCCGCUGGAGGGGAGUUCGCAGUGAAGUAUGCUAUUGUGCUAAUGUUGGAAUUCGAGGCCAUUGCGAAAGAGGGUUUGUGGGAAGAUUUGAGCGGAAUCAUCGAGGAGGCUGAGGCGGUAGAGUGUCCGUUGAGGAUGUAUGAGUGUAUGGUGGAUAUUAUAUUAACGGAGAACGCGCCGAGUUCUGUGACACUGGUUACCAUGCAGGCCCUCCUUGGCGCGACAAUCCGGAACGCAGAUCCAGAUAUUGCCAAACUCUCCCGCUGGAUCCGAUGUCUGAUAUCGAUUGCACUUACGAAGAAUCACGAGACUGCGGAACAGAUGAUCCCCCAAGUCCUUCAGAUGAUCCGGGAGAAUGAAGAGAAAUAUCCCGGAGACGAGGUGCACUGGUUAGCCGGUAAGUUGUGGAAUCACGCGAUUGAUUUGUGGUGUGCGGGAGAUGCCGGGGGUUGUAAUAAGUGGUGUGAGUACGCGUUGAGUGUGUGUCGGUUUGUCAGGGAUGGAGGACUAUUGGAACAGCAGUUGCAGCAAAACUAUACACAGAUAUUGGGCAAGAUUGCUGGGAGAUAA